ACCCUUCCAUCUGUAAAAAAAAAAACGUUUUCCCCUCCGGUCUAUCCUUCUCCAUCUAAUUUCUCUCUCGCUGACCCCAUGAGAGCCUCCUCUCCUCAACCCAGCUCUUUCUAAAUCAAUUCUUCAUACGCUACUCUUACCUGCUUUUCUCUCCUCGCCAAACCCUAGAAUUCCCAGUCUUGACGAAUCUGGCUUCUCAGAUUAGGUGAAGUGUUGACUUAUUGAUCUGCAUAUAUAAUUGCUUGCGUGUGAAUGUGUAGGAGUUGCUAAGGUUGCCGGUUCUACAGCUGGCUUGUAACCAUGGAGAGAUCAUCUCGCCGGGACUUCACCGACUCAUUCAGCUCCGUCUCUGGUUUUGGUGCAGAAAGUAGACUUUUCGAUGCUUCUCACUAUGCCUUCUUCGGGCAAGGAGAUGAAGUUGAGUUGGGCGGGUUGGAGGAUGAAGAAGGUAGUAGCAGUAGUAGUAGCGUUCCUGUUGUGGGAGGAGUUGCAGGUGGGGACAGUGAGAUACAUGAGUAUCAUUUAUUUGAGAAAGAUGAGGGGUCUGGAUUAGGAUCUUCGUCUGAUCUAGAUGAUCUAGCUACAACCUUUUUGAAGUUGAACAGAGUUGUUGCAGGUCCAAGACAUCCUGGAGUUAUUGGUGACCGUGGGUCAGGAUCUUUUUCAAGGGAAAGCUCUUCCACAACUACAGCUGAGUGGGCAAAAGAUGCAGAUCUUCCUGACUUGCUCGAUCAUCAUUUAUCUGACCCAGAAUGUUACAGGGAAAGCAAAAGAUGGUCUUCUCAACCACAUCUCUCUUCUCUGCAUCAUCUUUCAGAGUCAAAACCACUUCAUAGGACAUCUUCAUAUCCUGAACCUAUUUCACUGCUAAGAUCUCCUUUCUCAUCAUUUCCUCCUCCUGGUGAUAGAUCUCAACAGACUUCACCACACAACCUACACCAGUCACCCUUCUCUGAUUCAAAUGUGUCUUCUCUGUCAAACCCUAAUUUGCAUUUGUCUGCCUUUUCUCAUGGGCCUCAGUAUGGAAAUAGGCCCCAACUAAUCUCUCCCAAUUUCUCCAUAAAUAACCAUCUACAGAACAACUGGGUCACCCAUUCAAACACCAGGUUGCCGCCACAUCAGUUUCUGCAUCCCAAUGUUAUACUUUCCCCUCAGUUAAUGUCCACUGAGCACCAGAGACUGCAAUUUUCUUCUCCAGCCACUUUCCCCCAUCUUCCUGCUGUGAGAUCUCAUCACCUGUAUAAUUCUCUUUCUGCCCCAUCUCACCUGGGUAAAUAUGUCUUACCUGAUUCAAGACCGAAAUCACACAAGGGUAAAAGUGUGAGAUUUGCUCAACAAGGACCUGAAUCAAGUGGUAGCCCAAAAAAUGAAAGUAAGGUCUUGCAGUUCAGAUCCAAGUACAUGACGGGCGAAGAAAUUGAAAACAUUCUCAAAUUGCAGCAAUCUGGGACCCAUUGCAACGAUCCGUAUGUCGAUGAUUAUUACCACCAAGCCCGACUUGCUAAGAAGUCAAAAUACCGUCUCUGUCCAAAUCCAAGCAAAGAAACGCCUUCCCGGUCUCGUAACAUGACAGAGUCACUACCCCAUCUGCGUGUUGAUGCUCAAGGAAGGGUUUCUUUCUCGUCUAUUCGUAGGCCAACCUCUCUUCUGGAAGCAGACCCACCGGACUCAUCUUCUCGUCAAUCGAAAGACACCCCUUUGGAGCGUGAUCCAAAAUUUGCAGCUAGAAUCACAAUAGAGGACAGUUUCUAUCUUCUUCUUGAAAUAGAUGACAUUGACCGGCUUCUUCAGUUUAGCCAGCCACAAGAUGGCGGAGCUCAGCUGAGGCAAAAACGGCAGAUGCUUUUAGAAGGUAUGGCUGCUUCACUUCAACUUGCAGACCCUCUUGGGAAAACCGCAAACCGCCAGAGCGAGCCAAAUCCUAGGGAUGAUAUUGUGUUCUUGUGGGUAGUCUCCAUCCCCAAAGGCAAGAAACUCAUAUCUAGAUACCUUCAGCUUCUUAUUCCAGGAGGAGAUCUCGCCAGGAUAGUUUGCAUGGCGGUUUCUCGUCACCUAAGGUUUUUGUUCGGUAGUGGGGCCAAGGAGGCGACCAAUCUUGCAAAGGCAGUAUCGACAUGUGUCAGUGGGAUGAGUCUUAAUUCACUGGGUGCUUGUCUAGCUGCCGUAGUGUGUUCAUCAGAGCAACCACCUCUCCGCCCCCUUGGAAGCCCUGCUGGUGAUGGUGCCUCCCUCAUCUUAAAAUCUGUCCUGGAUAGGGCUUCUUACCUGUUGACGACCUUUGGCAUGCCAAACCAUGCCCUAUGGAAUGCUUCAUUUGACGCCUUUUUCGUUCUUUUGACGAGAUACUGUUUGAGUAAGUUUGACAAUAUAAUGCAUGCAGCUGUAAACACAGAAACAAGCGAAGAAGUGAGAAGGGCCAUAAAUAGUGAAAUGCCUGUUGAGCUUUUGCGUGCCAGCCUCCCCCAUACUAAUGAGAACCAAAGGAAGUUGCUAAUGAAGGUUGGUCAGGGUUCCAUACCUUCCGCAUCACAAAUAUAACUGCUAAAAGUCCGUGAAAUGUUAGCAGCAGGGGAAGUUAAAUACAUUAUCAUGUAUGUACAUAAUUAUCAAGGCCAUCACUGGCUUCAUUUCGCAUUGAAUAAGUAGCAUCAUAAUCAAGGGUAUGCAUAUGCUCUUGGGUCAUUCUCUCAACUUCUGAGCAGUGUUGUCAAAUGGUGGCUUUGGUGGAAAUAUGGCAGACUUCUAUCUGGAGUUUGUGAAGAGCAGUGGUUUUAUGGUGGCGAUUUUGGCAAUCCACCAUAAUACACCACUGGUCGUUAAUAACAUUGCUUUUGAGAAGACAUGGGUUGUCUAACUUUUUGCCAUAUAAGCAUAGAAGUCUCAUUUGAGUAAGUAUUUGUAAUUUCAAAUGGUGCUCAUGUUCAAUACUUACUAAAGUGCUCUGUAAUUCAGUUAAAACUACAUAGUGCUUAAUUUAAGACAAGAGUGACGGUAUUACUAAAAAAUUGGAAAAUUUCCCGAAAUAGAAGUGGUGCUUUUACUCCAAAAUAGAAAGAAAUCCCUGUCAUGCCGAGAUCAUGAUGUCAUAUUUUGGCAUUAGAGCCAUAAAUUCCUUAGACAUGCAUUAGACCUUACAAUGCUGAUUCCAGGAACCUGAUAAUCAUGUUGUUAAUCUUGCUUUGUUUCUCUCUUUGAGAAAUGAGAUAGCCCAAUCUUUGCAUCUAUGUUCCCAAAUUUUAGCACACUAAAAUUAUAUCCCGUUCGCUAGUUUCCCAGUAAUAGUGUACUUAGUUUUUACAGAUGACUUCAAAUAUAUUUGUUGAACUGUUGGAUGUAAUCCCUUCAUCAAAUUUGUUUGUAAAGUUGGGAGUACCGAGUAUGUCACCACAAUAAAUGUUCUUUACCAGCUGCAGCUUAUUUCAUGCGACUUGUCAUAUUGCUUCCGC